AUGUCCAAACGUUCCUCUCGAGCAACAGGCUCAACUGUUCCAAAAUCAGUCUGGAAUAAUCCAGCUACAAGUACUACAACAGUAUCUGAACGUUCUCAAAGUGAAUAUCCAACAGUAACAGAAUCAAUGAGUAAACUUUCAAUGGGAUCUGAAUCAAUAAGUGGAGCACGUUCUCAAACUACUCGUCCAUCAUAUCGACGUCGAAUUUUAUAUUCAGCUGUUCCUGAUACAGAUGUACUAAAACCAAUUCAUCGUCCUGAUGAAUAUGGUAAAGUAGGUAAAUCCAUUCAAAUAUAUACGAAUCAUUUUCGUGUAUCAAUUGAUGAUGCAAUUAUUAAUCAAUAUGAUAUUGAAAUUUCAAUGAUUCGUCGAGAUGGAAAUUUAUGUUCAGCACGAAAAGAUGAACGUUGGCAAACAUUAAAAGAACUUGCUAAGAAAGAAAAAAAUUUUCCUAUUGUUUGGUAUGACGAAGGUAAAAAUUUAUAUACAAGAGAAUUAUUAACAGAUUUUACAAAACCAAUUCGUAUUCAAAUAAAAAUAAAUAAUGAAAAUAAAAUAUUUGAAUUUAAAGUAUUGAAUCUUGUUCGACAAGAAAAAAUUCGUGAUAUAUUUGAUUUUAUUAAUGGACGAACUGAAAUAAAACCAAGAGAUCCUAUACGAGUUAUUGAAACAUUAUUUAAACAAAGUAUUCGUAAUGAUCUUGUUUGUAUACGAAAUAAUUUCUAUAGUCGACAUCAACAACUUAUUGAUCUUGGUGAUGGACGUGGUAUGGCUAAUGGAUUUCAUCAAGCAUUAUGUCUUACACAUUCUGGUCCAACGUUAAAUAUUAAUUUAGCAUUUACAUGUUUUUAUUUACCAUUAAAUUUUGUUGAUUUUUCUUGUAAAUAUUUACGAAAUGAUAUUACUAAAAAAAUUACAGCAACUGAAAUCGAAGGAAUAAAACAACUUUUUAAAAAUUUGCCAAUUGAAACAACACAUGCUGGUCGUCCUCUUCGAUAUCGAGUAAAAGGUUUUGGUCAAUCUGCAAAUCAAUUGACAUUCAAUCUUCGAUCUGAUAAAGAUCAAACAACAACAACAACUGUAAAAACUGAAAAUGAAUUAACACUUGAUGAUCCCCAUAAUGAUCAAUCAACAGUAGAAUUGAAAAAAUCAAUUAGUGUAGCUGAAUAUUUUGCCAAAAAAUAUAAACCAUUAAAAUAUCCUCAUCUUCCUUGUGUUGAUGCUCGAAAUGGUAAUGGAGAAAAAGCAAAUUGGUUACCAAUGGAAGUUGUUAAGAUUGUUGAAUGGGAACGUGCUUUAAGACCACUUGAUAGUGUUCAACGUGCUCUAGUCUCAAAAACAACAAUUAUUAAACCAGAUAAACGAUAUGAUCAAAUUAUGAAAAUUGUACGAGAAAGAAAUUUUCAAUCAGAUAUAUAUUUACAAACAUUAAAUAUUAAAGUAGAUACAAAUGAAAUGAUGCAAAUAAAAGCUCGUAUUUUACCACCACCGGAAGUAAAAUAUCGUGGACAAAAAAACAAUGAAGUUGCUGAACAUGUUGCUGUAGGAAAAUGGUCAAUACGAAAUCGAUUUUAUACUAGUCCAAUCAUUAAUCAAUGGGGAAUGAUUUAUUUUGGUCCAAAACCUGAUCAAAAUAUUAUUAAUAUUUUAACUGAUUUUCAAAAUCAACUUCCACAACUAUUGGCUGACUUUGGUUUGUUAUUUAAAUCAACACCAAAGACUAUGGCAAAAUCUCCUCAAAGUGAAGAUAUUGAAACUGCAAUGAAAAUAGCUUGUAAUGAAAAUUGGCAAAUAGCUAUUGUUGUUCUUAAUAAUGUUCUACCGGAAGUAUAUGAAUCUGUUAAACAAUGGGGUAAUCAAACACUUGGUGUAACUACUCAAUGUGUCAGUUUUCAAUCACUUCAACGAAAUGCUGGCAAAUAUCGCAUGUAUGUUCAAAAUUUAAGUCAAAAAAUAAAUACAAAAAUCGGUGGUAUCAAUGGUAUUGUUAAUUUAAAAGCAGCACUUAGUCGUUCAUCACAUGAAGAUUUAUUUAUGUUCUUUGGUGCGGAUGUUACUCAUACAACUUGUUCACCUGAUCAACCAUCAAUAGCAGCUGUUGUUGGUUCAUGUGAUCCAACUUGUAGUCGUUAUGUAGCACGUCUUGCUGAACAAUAUCCAAAAAUAGGUCGUUGUUCAGUAGAAAUUAUCAAAGAACUAGAUAAAAUAGUUAUUGAAUUACUGCAAGUUUUUUCACGUACAUGUGGAAAUCGUUUGCCUAAUCGAAUUGUUUUUUAUCGUGAUGGUGUUGAUGAUGGACAAUUUCAAAAAGUACUUGAUAAUGAAAUAAAUAAAAUAAAAAAUGCUUGUCGAGUUGUAUAUGGAAAUUUACAAUUACCUAGAUUAACAUUUGUAAUUGUUAAGAAAAAACAUCAUACACGUUUCUUUGCAUAUGAUGGUCAAUAUACAAAUAAUAUAGAAGCAGGCACAGUUAUUGAUCAAGAUAUAACACAUCCAUCACAAUUUGACUUCUAUUUAUGUUCCCAAGCGGCUAUUAUGGGUACAUCUCGUCCAGCACUGUAUCAUGUUCUUCAUGAUGAAAAUGGUUUUAGUAGUGAUGACAUUCAACAACUUACUUAUUGGCUAUGUCAUACGGAUGCUCGUUGUACAAAAUCAGUCUCAGUUCCAGCUCCAGUUCAUUAUGCAGAUUUGGCAGCACGUGCUGCUCGUAUGUUUAAAUUUGGUGAUAAUCUUGAUCAAAAUGAAGAAAAUGAUGAUGAAUCUGAUCGAUCAGACAAUAUUUCAUUAAAUGAUAUUGAAACUAGAGUUGUAAUAUUAAAUAAUAAAAUUCAAAAUAAUAUGUGGUUUGUUUGA